GUGGGAAGACCCAGACUGAGGGCGGUCAGGCACGUGGGGCCGUCCCGUCCGCACCGCGCGCUCUCCGACCUGAAGGGACCUUUCUCGGGGGCACAGCGCAGCCCAGAGCCCCCAAGGGGGAGCUGUCCCCGCCCCCUACCUGGGUUUCAGGCUCUGUGAACUGGAGGACUCGGCCGGGGGCGGGCCUUCUUACUCGGCGGAAGCGCGGCGGCGGAAGUUGCGCCAUCGGCCCGCGCCCACUCGGUGCGCCGCGCGCAGCCUGCUUGCUCGGUUUGCUCGGUGCUGUUAUGGCUGCCAGCGGGUUGACGGCGAGCGCCGCCGGCUCGGCCAGCGAGGCCCCCGAGGUUCCAGACAACGUGGGCGACUGGCUGCGCGGCGUCUACCGCUUCGCCACCGAUCGGAAUGACUUCCGGAGGAAUUUGAUCCUCAAUUUGGGACUGUUUGCUGUGGGAGUGUGGCUGGCCCGGAGCUUGAGUGACAUUGAUUUGAUGGCACCUCAGCCAGGGGUAUAGCCAGAUAAUGGAACUCCUGUGUACUCAAACUUUUCAAAGACAGCUCUCUGUCUAUGACCACAAGAUGGAGUCCAGGGUGGUACCGAAGCUGAGCCCCUCUUCUUGCCUGAACUUCCACCCCUGGCCAAGCUCCCAGCCUCAGCUCAAGUGUUGCCUCUGCACAGUUCUGUGUGCAGUUCCCAACUUCCUGCAGAGGGCAGUCUUUGCCCUUGUCCUGAAGAGUAGGAAUGAUUCUUGAAAAAUAUUGCAAAUAAAGCUUGCACUCAAA